AUGGAUUUCAUUCACUACAACCCAUCUGAGUACUCUCUUUUGGCAGACGAUGAAAGCACCGAUGAAACGGAUUUUAGCGACCUAGCCAUUCAGUAUGGAGAAGUCCAGAUGUUGAUCGACAUGGACAUAAUCCCCGUUCCUGAGCUUCAGUCAUCUGAAAUGGAGGAAGUGACGGAAAAUCUUGUUGAAACUUUUCAAGAAGUUACUAUCAAAACACCUGCGAAGUAUAAGAAAUACGGUCAGGAUCAAAUUGAGCGGUUCAUUCGAAUUAUCCAAGAGGAGGGACUAACAGUACCAAAAGCAGCAGAGCAAUGCAGUAUACCCCGCAGCAGUGCUUACAAACUGCUAGAUGAGUUUAAUGCUGGAGACGGUUCUGUACUUCCUGGCAAUAUUCCUAAGGCACUUAAGCGAGGGCCAAAAAAACUGUUUCCACAACAUUCAGCCUUCUUGAUUGAGUUAUUUGAUAUCAACCCUUCAAUUGUUCUUGAGGAGGCAAGACUAAAGUUGUGUGAACAUUUUAAUGGUCUUGAAAUAUCUAUUCCUGACCUGUAUAAACAUAUCCGAGAGAAGUGUUCAAUAUCGCUCAAGCAAGCUACAAAAUACACUGUGGAGCGUGAUGCUCCAAGAACUCUCGAACUUCGCUUCAAUAUAGUCAAUCAAUGGAAAGCCGCAGGUGUCAGUUUUAGUGAAAAUUGCAUCUUUGUUGAUGAGGCUGGCUUCCACUCACAAUUAACGAGAAGUCGUGCUUGGUCGAAGGCGUAA